ACUAUUUUUUAAUUGUUUUGUCGUAGUUAUAUAUACAUUUCGGCGUUCUCAAAACACCUCACUUGAAAAUGUAUACAUGGAUUGUGCAUACGUGCACGUUUCUAACCUCAAAAUCAACAAUCACGAGCUGAUGCGAUAUUUACGAAUCACGAGAACGUAGUAAAGGCUGACGAAGCUAUUUUGCAUAAAUAUUGAGUUCUAACAAUGGCGAUGCAAGUCCCGACUGACGUGGAUGCUGAUCAAAUCAAAUCUUUUCGAGACUUCUUGACGUCGUAUAACAAGCUCUCUGAAAUUUGCUUUGUCGAUUGCAUAACUGACUUUACGACGCGAGAGGUUCGAGCCAAAGAAGAGAAAUGUGCCCUUAACUGCAUGGAAAAAUACUUGAAAAUGAAUCAGAGAGUAUCUCAACGCUUCCAAGAAUUUCAAAUAACUGCUAAUGAAAAUGCCAUAGCUGCCGCUAAGAGACAAGGAUUACAAACAUAAUUCGCAAGAUUCCUCAAGUAAUUGUUGAUGAUAGUACAUCCCAUUUAAUAUUUGGUAGAUGAUUGUUCAAGAUUUCAAAAUUUUUUAUUAGAUUAAAAUAAAAGAAAAUAUAUUAAUUGUAUAAUAAAUACAUACAUCAUUUGUAAUACAUCAUAAUAUAAAAUAUUAAAUGUAUAAAUUAUACAAGUAAUGGAAUCAUGUACAUGUUAAAUAAGUAAACUUGUAUUUAAUGUA